AUGGAGGUCGCUGGCCCAACCAUCAAGGACAACGCGUUGACUAACGUGAAGCCGUCCUUCGAAACCAAUCCGAAGUUGCGCAACUCAGCAGACGUACAGGUCGGAAAUGUGGUGGACUAUACGGAAGCAGAGGAGAAAGCGGUGCGCCGCAAGAUUGACCUGCUGCUGAUGCCCGCUAUCUGGAUAAUGUAUCUGUUCUCUUACGCUGAUCGGACGAACAUUGGCAACGCGAAAGUGGCAGGCAUGAGUGCCGACCUCAACCUCUCAUCGAAUGAGUACUCAUUGGCGCUUGUGGUCUUCUUCAUAUCCUACAUUAUCUUCGAGAUCCCAAGCAACCUUAUCAUUGCAAAGACGCGACCUUCAAUCUAUCUAUGUAGUGUCAUGGCCAUCUGGGGUGUCAUUACCUGCUGCAUGGCUGCCGUCAAGAGCUCAGGGUCACUGAUGGCUGUACGUUUCGUCCUCGGUAUCCUCGAGGCUGCUUUCGCCCCUGGUGUUAGUCUGAUGCUCGGCUGUUGGUACAAGAAGAAUGAACAAUCCCGACGCUUCGGCAUUUUCUACUCUGCAGCUGUACUGUCAGGUGCUUUCGGAGGGAUUGUCAGUGGUGCUAUCACUGGCCAUCUCGAUGGUGCUCAUGGUAUUGCUGGGUGGCGGUGGCUUUUUAUCGUCGAAGGAGCUGCCACAAUAGGCUGUUCACUGAUCACGGUAUGGAUUCUGCCGGAUUUCCCAGCAACCUCGAGGGGAUUUACACCACGUCAGCGGGAGAUCGCGACUCAGCGGCUAUUGGCAGAUGAUAUCGUGACAUACACGGAAGAUACACCCCCUUUGAGUGCUUUGGAAGCAGUGAAGGCUUCCCUGCAGGACUUCCGGACAUGGUUGCUGACCCUUGGGUAUAUUUGUAUCGCGACGUCGGGCACAAUGUCCUAUUUUUAUCCAACCCUCGUGAAAGGCUUAGGGUAUACCUCAGUCACGGCCCAAUACAUGACCGUACCCAUCUACAGCGUGGCGUUUGUUGCUGUCCUCUCAACAGCAUACAUGAGUGACAAAUUUCCAAGUGUGCGCGGGCUUAUCAUCGCCGGAUGGCUGGUCGUGGCGACAGUCAUGGCGAUCCUCACGUGCGCUAUUUACAACUACACGGCCCGAUAUGUCCUUCUAGUGUUUCUGGCGUCAGGGGUCAUGUCUGCCAACGCCAUGUCUCUGGCCUUCUCAUCGUCAACAUUCGCCCCAAUGCGUCCAGAAACCAGGGGCGUCGGUAUGGCGUUUAUCAAUUCGUUGGCAAACUUUGCCGGGAUCUACGGCGCAUACUUGUUUCCUUCCAAGGACGCUCCCAAGUAUCUAGUUGGCUUUGGAGUAGUUUCCGGUAUGUGCGCGUUGGGUGCGACAACCUACGCCAUAUCUCAUAUCCUCUUUCGAAGAUACCCGAACUGA